AUGGCCUUCGACCCGCGGCGAGAAGGCAGCCCCGCGCCGCCGGGCAUGCUCGACGAGCCCAUCUUCCCGGCCUUUGGCAGCGACAGCGCCAGCCCCGCGUCGCCGGCCGAGCUGCAGAAGAACGACCCGCUGGGCACGCAGAUCUGGAAGCUGUACUCGCGCGCAAAGACGCAGCUGCCCAACGCCGAGCGCAUGUCGAAUCUGACCUGGCGCAUGAUGGCCCUGAACAUGCGCCGCGCCGAGGAGCAGCGCAAUCGAGGCCCCGACGUGCAAGCCCCGCCGCCCGCCCGCCCGCCGCCGCGCACCGCGCCCAGCGGCAUUGCCCAGCAGCUGCAGCGCUCCGCUGCCCAGCAGCCGCCGCCGCCCGACGCCAUGAACCUCGACGACUUCAUCUUUCCCUCGUCGGUCGGCAGUCCGGCCGGCGUGUCGCCAGAGCCCAGCCCGGAGGGUCCGUUCGCACAUGCAGCGCCCGGGGUGCCGAUAAGAAAGCCGCACGCCCCCAGCGACCACCACCACGACCUCGCCCUCGCCCUCGCCCACGCCUCCGCCCCGCCCGUCCCGCCGCUGCUGCACAGAGAGAAUGAGUUCGGCUACGUCGCCCGCCACGUCCGCAAGACCAGCAUCGACGAGCGCCGCCCGCCCAAGCGACGUGCAGAGGCCUCACCGCAGGUGCCGCCCGUCAACAGCAUCAUGAUCCCCACCGACGCCCAGGCCGAGGCGGAUUUGCACCACUACUCGCUCGACAACAGCAUGCAGCCGCCCGCCUUCCCGGCCUCGCAGGCCCAGGUGCCCUUCUCCAUCGACACCUUCCAGCUGCCCGAUGACCCCGCCCUCAGCUCCGCGGGGCCCUUCCAGCAGAACUUCAGCUUCUCGCCCGUCGGCUCGCCGCUGAUGAACCACGGCGCCUCGUUCCCGCACAUGUUCAACCCCAACUCCAUGGCCUCGUCGCUCAACUCCACCGACUACUACUCGCCGCCGAGCUCCGCCUUCCCCUCGGCCGUGAGCACCCCGCAGCCCAUGAACGACGACAGCCACAUGUACUUUGACCGCCACGGCAUGGACAUCCGCAGCCAGCACUCCUCGGGCGUCUCGUACGGCUCGCACCGGCCCUCGACCCUGUCCAACUCGAUGCAGCCCGGCUUCGUCUUCAACCCCAACGGCGGCGGCCCCGACUCCGUCUUCAGCCCCGUCACCAGCGCCAGCUCGUCGCUGCCCUUCUCCGCCACCUCGUUCGGCCACUCUAGCCACGUUGACCCCUCCCACGUCCUGCACAACAACCUGCCGCUGCGUCAGCAGCACGACAUGCAGAUACCGCCCAACGACAACAUGUUCACCUUUGGCGCCGACUCGGACGCCGAGGACGACGAGGGCAGCGCCUUCGCCGACCGCAACAUGCCCUCGCAGGACUUCUCGCCCAUGGACGACGGCUCGCUGGACUUCAACCCCAACUACCAGUGGGAGACGAACCUGUCCAACCAGUUCAACCCCAUGCAGGCCCGCUACCCAGCCGGGCCGCCGCGCAAGACGGUCACCAUUGGCCCUACCGAGAUUCACUCGCCGCAAGACCACUGGAGUCCUAGCAGCCUUGGUCGCACACACGGCUCGGCUGCCUCGGUGAGCGACAUCCGCAACCGUGGGAACGAUCCGCGACGCGGGAAAAUACCCCGCACCACCUCGACGCCAAACACGGCCGGAUUACUGCACCAAGCCAUGCACGGCCGCACCCAGUCCUCGCCCAACUCACCGCCAGAGACAGGCCUGCAGUCGGGCUUCAGCUCUGCUGCGCCCUCUCGGCCGCAGAGUCCCGGCGGCACCAAGCCCGGCGAGGGCGGUGCACCGACAACAUGCACAAACUGCUUCACCCAGACCACGCCCCUCUGGCGCCGCAACCCCGAAGGCGCACCGCUCUGCAAUGCGUGCGGCCUCUUUUUGAAAUUGCACGGCGUUGUUCGGCCACUCUCGCUCAAGACCGACGUCAUCAAAAAGCGCAACCGCGGCAGUGGUAAUGCCCCAGUAGGGCCGUCCUCCACACGAGCCUCGAAGAAAUCCUCCCGCAAGAACUCGAUUGCCAUGACACCCGUCACCACACCGAAAGCGGCCGAGUCUGAGUCUCCCAAGUCGACGGGGUCAGGCGGAGGCUCCACUAGCGUCAAUCUCGCUCCAGCUGCCUCGAAACCGGGCGGGGUGGUCCCCAUCGCUCCUGGUCCGCCCAAGACCACCAACGCAGUCACCGCCAUACAGCCUCGUGGCCCAAGCAUGACACCGAGACGAGCACGCGCACAGAGCAAAAGCGGCACGCAAGAGCUGGAGAUGGCCGACGCUGACGACACCAGCGGCAAGGCACCUCUUCGCAGGAAGGACGCUCCAAUCGCAGCUCCAAGCCCGUUCCCGAGUCAGAACCUGGGGUCGCUCCCCAUGGGCGCGAUGGGUCAAGGACUCCAGUCCUCAGGUCCCGCAGAAUGGGAAUGGCUGACAAUGAGUUUGUAA